AUGGUCAGGCGACAAAGCAUAGUAGGUUUAACCAUUGAAUUGUUGUCAUCUGAUGACGAAAAGAUGACAUACGGCUGCUUGACCUUGCAUUUCAUUGAUGAUGGAUGGGAGCAGAAGAAGAUUCUUGCUUUCAGGAAUCUAUCGGGCAAUUAUAAUGCAGAGACAAAAGUUAACGGAGGUUUAUCCAACGAAUCUGCUGCCUUGGUUAAGGAUUACAAUCUUUACGGUGAAGAAGAACCCUGGGAGAUAUUCAACAAGUUUGGAGGUUACAAGUCACGUGAUAAUACUCUCUAUUGUUUCACAACAAUAAGUAAAAAGACUCCCAAUAGUGCUAAAAAGAUGAAUAGAACUGUUGGUACUAAUGGGGGUACGUGGCAUGGUGAUGGUAGCGAUGAAAUAAAAUUCAGACUAUCCGGUAGAAAGAUUAUAGGAACGAAGAAAAGAUUCCGUUUCCAGAAUUAUCGACAACCAGACCAGCAUGGUUGUUGGAUAAUGCUGCAGUAUGGUGCAGAAUCUAUUUCGGAAAGCAUUGUGAUUUCUCAACUCAAAAGGAGUGAAUAUGGUAAUUCAAAACAAGAAUCAAGAAAGAGGAAUUCGAUGGAUUCAGAAGUUAUUAUCGAACUUGCUUCAGAUGAUGAGAUAGUCCAUACUAUUCAAAGCUGUGUCAACACUGAUGCACUAAUCAACUCAGAACUUACACCAUCACCAGCUAAUCAUGAACCGCAUCAGAUUAUCCAAAAUCAAGAUAUGUGGCCUGUGGUGGGAACAGUUUCAAUCGAGGAGGACGAAGGUGACUCAAGUAGUACUGAAGGUAGUUUCUAUAAUAUUCAGAAUAUAAUGGGGUUUGAGACACCGGAAAUCAUCAAAAUCAAACCUGCCUUGCAAGUUGAGCCGAAGCAAGUAAACUUCGUUCAAGAACAUCAACAGCCGGCGCUUGCAACUUCUGAGAAUUCAGUACCAGCAGUGAGUGCUAUGGCUGUUAUGGAUGCUGACAUGAUCGAGUACUUCAAGAAUGAGGACAACUGGUUUGAUAAUCUCCAAGCAUUGCUAAUGGAGGAUUGCUCUCAAGAUGAUUUGAUUGAUUUAGGGAGAUUAUGA